AUGGACACAAUUCAAGGUAUAACAGAUGCUAUUAGUCGUGGAUGCACAAGUGGCAAUGAGAUGGGUAAAACAAUUAUUUUACCUGCAUCACAUAUCGGCGACAGACGUUAUAUGAUACAAAACUAUCAUGAUAGUAUUGCGAUCUGUCGUGUUCAUGGACCACCAGAUUUCUUUAUCACUUUCACCUGCAAUGCAAAUUGGCCUGAAAUUAAAGAGAGCUUAUUCGAGCCUGGGCAAAAUCCUCCAGAUAGAUCUGAUGUGAUCGUACGAGUUUACCACAUGAAACUUCAGGAUAUGCUUCAUGAUAUUAGAUCUAAAUCUAUUUUUGGCCCAUGCAACGCAGGAUUCUUCUUUGUUUCUGGUUAUGGAGGCACUGGGAAGACAUUUUUAUGGAAAUCCAUUAUAACAUACUUACGAGCACAGAAAAAAAUAGUACUUGCAGUUGCAUCUUCAGGAGUUGCGUCGUUGCUACUACCUGGAGGUCGUACAGCUCAUUCUCGUUUCAAGAUUCCUUGUGAUUUAGAUGAAACUGCUAUCUGCGAUAUUAGGAGAGUUACUAUUCUACAAUUAACAGAGAACAUGCGACUUUCAUCACCUAAUUUACCAGAUGAAGUGAAAAAUGAAAUUGCUCUUUUCAGCAAAUGGACAUUAGACAUUGGUGAAGGAAAGAUUGAAGCAUCAGCAAAAAUUGGCAUGGAGUUCACGCUUAUCCCAGAUUUAGUUCCACAAAACAGACAUGCUGUUAUAAAGGUGUAUGUCUCAAGAAAAUGGAUUUUCCGUGGUGCAAUGGACAACGGACCCAUACAUCACAUUGAUCUUGUGUUGAUAGACAAAGAGGGUCAUGGCAUCUGCGCUGAAAUCCCUAGAAAUCUAGCUGAAGAAAAAGGAUCCAUCAUCGAAGAAAAUAAAAUAUAUGAGAUCAGCAGAUUCAGAAUAUCUUCAGCAAGACUAAUGUUCAAACCUGUUCACAUGGACAAAAUGAUCCACUUUACGUAUCACACAAUUAUUAAUGCAUCACUUGAUACUCCACCGGCAUUUUCAAGAUAUGUCUACCAUCUAACUCCAUUCGAUCAACUUGAAUCUUAUAUUCAAAAGAAUGAAUACUUCCUUGAUGUACUCGGAGUUAUAACUCAAGUGAGUGCAUUGAAACCAGUCGGAACACAUACCCAGGAAAGCUCAAAUGUCAUAAAAGAGAUCAUAAUAAAAGAUAUCAAUGAUAUCACAAUGAGAGUAACCCUAUGGGCAGAAAGGGCUAGAGCUUUUAAAUUAGAAAAUGUUUACGACCCUCUAGAGCAAAAGCCAAUUGUCACACUCUUUGUGGGUUGCCUAGCCAAAAAUUUCCAAGGUAUAUACUUAAAUGGUGGAACAGCAUGUAGAUGGUAUUUCAAUCCAGAUAUCAGAGAAGCUGCUCCUUAUUAUCAAAGGUUUGAAUCUCAGAAAAUCAAACUACAUAUAUCAUCAGAACAGGAACAACUAUAUGUUACAAAAGAAACAAAUGUAGAACACAAGACCUUGCAUGAGCUUCUUGAGUUGCAUCCAUAUGCUUUUCCGAAACAAGGAUAUCAAUGCACAGCUACAAUCAUAGAAGUACCUACAACAAGUCGUUGGUGGUUUCCAGCUUGCACAAAAUGCGGUCGAGCAUGCAAACCGCAAAAUGGUGGUUACUAUUGCCCCUACUGCAAAUCAGAAGCGUACAUACUAAGGUAUAAAUUAACAUUUAUGGGAUCCGAUGGAACAGCAACAGCACAAAUGUUCUGCUUUGAUACUGUAGCACAACAUGUAGUUGGCAGAUCCUGUGAAACAGUUCUAAAACAAGUCACUGAAGCAGCGCCAAUACCUCCAGAUCUUGCACAAAUAGUAUCCUUAAAAUUUACAUUUCGUGUAACAGUAUCAAACCAGACCUUCUCUCAACGAGAGCAGCGACCCACUGUGUUACAAAUAAAUUCUAUAGUCGCUGUACAUGGAAGACAGCGCUCUCUACCAAAAGGAAUUCAAACCAUCAUAGAUCAAGGUCCCUCAACACCAAACAAAGAAGCUACACUCAAAUUAUUAAAAGAAUCACCUUCUACUUCUAUGGAAAGAUUAUCGACAAAAUUAUUAACAGAUGUUGGCAGAAAACUCACAUAUUCAACACAGGCUGAAGACAUCACAAAGUCUCAAAUCUUGGAUGCACCACAAGAAACCAAUGCAGACAAGGAAGUUCCUGCUGACAAGGACAAAGAGAUCGAACCUAAUCUUCGGUCUCCUCCAAAAAGGCACAAACAAGAACCACUAAUAAUCAAGGAUUCCACGGAACCAGAACACCGCCAAGAAUGAUAUGUGCAAGCGUAUAGAAUUAGUUCAAAGAAUAGCUAAUGUCUACAUUCUGUGCAACCUCUUUUAUAACCCUAAAAUUGUAGUACUAACAACAAUACAAUCAGUUCGUAUGGCCUGGCUCGUUUCUCUGUAGGGUAGAUUGUCUUUCUAAAAGAGCCAUUAAGACUAAAUAUUAUUAGCUUGUAUAAUUAAUACUCAGAACCUAAUGACUGCUUAGUGCUCUAAUUAUUGUAUAUAUUUUAUUAAA